GACGCCGCGCCCGAGCCCCUCCGAUUCCACGUUAUGUUCCGCUUCGCUGCCCUGCUGUUCUGCGCCGCUCUCGCCAGCGCCGCGACCGCCGACGGACCCGAACGGGUACGCCUCGGCGAAGGCGACCUGCUGCGCGGCGUGCCGGGCGAGGGCAAGCUGACGGUCGAGCAGCUGCGAGACUGGCUGGCGGACCCGUCCAAUCACCGCGAGCUGCGCCCCGAGUUGCCGCUGGGGAUGAACGCCGGCGAGGCCGACAUGCAGGGUCUCGACGCCGAGCCGCUGACGCGCGCGAAGAUCGAACUGGGCCGACAACUGUUCUUCGACCCGCGCCUGUCGCGCGACGGCACGGUGAGCUGCGCGUCGUGCCAUGCGCCGGAGCACGGCUACGCCUUCCCAACUCGGUUCGGCGUCGGUGUCGACGGCCAAGAGGGCGUUCGCAACUCGCCCACCGCAGCGAAUCGGAUUCUCUCCGGCCCUCAGUUUUGGGACGGCCGUGUUCCGUCGCUCGAAGAGCAAGCGAUCGCGCCGAUGGCGAACCCGCAAGAGAUGGACUUCAGCCAUGACGCGGUCGUCGAGACACUGAAGAAGGUCCCGGCCUAUGUCGCGCAGUUCGACGCGGUGUUCGACAGCGGAGGCGUGUCGAUCGACAACGCCGGCCGCGCGCUGGCGGCGUUCGAGCGCGUGCUGGUGAGCGGGCCGAACGCUUGGGACGUGGAAGAUCGCUUGCGGGUGCUCCGAGACGCGUACACCGACGAAGACCCCGAGUUGGCUGACGAACUAGCCCAACUCGAAAAAAUCGCCGCCGCCCGGCCACUUUCGGACGCGGCGAAGCGCGGCGCUGACUUGUUCUUCGGCGUUCGCACGGGCUGCACGCAAUGCCAUGCUGGCGCCAACUUUUCCGACGAGGCGUAUCACAACCUUGGCGUUGGCAUGGAGUCGAUCGCCGACCUGCCUGAAGCAGACGCGAUCACCAAGCCGCUCGAUUGGGGCCGUUACGAAGUCACGAAGGACGAGGCCGACCGCGGCGCCUUCAAGACGCCGGGCCUGCGGAACGUCGCCGAGACGGGCCCCUACAUGCACGACGGCUCGUUAGAGACGCUCGACGAGGUCAUUGCUUGGUACGUGAAGGGCGGCCAGCCAAACCCAUUCCUGAGCCCGCUCAUCGAACCGCUCAACCUGACGGCGGCGGAGCAAGCGGAUCUGGUGGCGUUCCUGGAGGAGCUCAGCGGUGAGUGGCCGGAGGUUGAGACGGGGCGCCUUCCGUAG